CAUUUGAAGUAGAAGUUAUCCACAGAGCCAAAAGCAAAGUAAACGUUGGAAGAAAGAAGCUUAAGUUGUUGUCUCUUUGACGCUCCCUGAUUUUUGUCUAUACAAGUAUUUUAUUUUUAAAAAAAGAUGGCGGAAAACAGAGCCACUAAAUCUGGUUUAGCAGCCGAAGCUCAUAGCAAAAUUCAAGCUAAAUAUGAUGUAGAAUUAGCCGGCGAAUUGUUGAGAUGGUUAAAAGAUGUUAUGGACAUAGACAUUGAUACUGAUGGCAAUCCGGAUAAUCUCUAUGCCAUCUUAAAAGAUGGACAAGUUCUAUGCAGGUUGAUCAACAUCUUCCAACCGGGUAGUAUUCCCGAGAAAAAAAUUAAUAAUACAAAAAUGGCAUUCAAAUGCAUGGAGAACAUUAAUAACUUCUUAGAGCAUGCCCGCAGAUUAGGAGUACCUGCGGAAGAAACUUUCCAGACAGUAGAUUUAUGGGAAAAACAAAAUCUUCCUUCAGUUUGUAUUUGCCUUCAAUCAUUAGCCAGAAAGGCUUCUAAAUAUGGUUUGAAAAGCAUCGGUCCCAAAGAAGCUGACAGCAACGUUCGUCAGUUUUCGGACGAACAGCUGAAAGCUGGAAAUACAAUCAUUGGGCUUCAGUAUGGAUCGAACAAAGGCGCAACCCAAAGCGGAAUUAAUUUCGGAAAUACUCGUCAUAUGAUGGCGGAAAACAGAGCCACUAAAUCUGGUUUAGCAGCCGAAGCUCAUAGCAAAAUUCAAGCUAAAUAUGAUGUAGAAUUAGCCGGCGAAUUGUUGAGAUGGUUAAAAGAUGUUAUGGACAUAGACAUUGAUACUGAUGGCAAUCCGGAUAAUCUCUAUGCCAUCUUAAAAGAUGGACAAGUUCUAUGCAGGUUGAUCAACAUCUUCCAACCGGGUAGUAUUCCCGAGAAAAAAAUUAAUAAUACAAAAAUGGCAUUCAAAUGCAUGGAGAACAUUAAUAACUUCUUAGAGCAUGCCCGCAGAUUAGGAGUACCUGCGGAAGAAACUUUCCAGACAGUAGAUUUAUGGGAAAAACAAAAUCUUCCUUCAGUUUGUAUUUGCCUUCAAUCAUUAGCCAGAAAGGCUUCUAAAUAUGGUUUGAAAAGCAUCGGUCCCAAAGAAGCUGACAGCAACGUUCGUCAGUUUUCGGACGAACAGCUGAAAGCUGGAAAUACAAUCAUUGGGCUUCAGUAUGGAUCGAACAAAGGCGCAACCCAAAGCGGAAUUAAUUUCGGAAAUACUCGUCAUAUGUAA